AUGUCUGGGUUCAUUAUCGACAUCCAAGGAAUCAUCUUCAAGGGAGAUGAAUUCAUCCCAGAAGCAAAACAGUUUAUGGAUCACUUAAAUUCAGAGAAAAAACAAGUAUAUUUGCUUUCAAAUUCCACAAGAAUUACCACAAAGCAAACAAUAAAUCAGCUCAAAUCUGCAGGUAUUGAAAUUCAAGAUUCUAACGUAAUUACUGGCUCAAAGAUUAUUGUUAAUGCAAUGAAACAAGAAAAUAUCAAACAUAUUUUAUUACUUGGCACAGAUGAUUUAUGCAAUGAAGUCGCUGAAUCGGGAAUUGCUGUUGAUAAAGGAAAUUCACUUGGAUCAGCUCAUGCCGAAGCUUAUAAACUUAAUGAUAAAGUUGAAGCUGUUGUUGUUGCCGAAGACCUCUCUUUUAACUUCGUACAUGCAUCAAUUGUUGCUCGCUAUGUUUUGGAAAAGAAAGUUAAGUUCUUUUGCGUUGGAUAUGAUCAAGUUUUCCCAUCUAAAGGAGAUAACUUCGUUCCUGGUGCUCUUACAUUGGCUACUCCUUCAUAA